ACGUGAACCGUCACCGCUCCCGCACGCUUCCUCCAAGCCUGAAAGUCUUGUGACCAAUCCAAUCACCCUCUGACGUGGAUCCUCACUUAUCCUUCCUUUUCUACUCCCAUGGAACCCCCCAACUUUCCCCCGAAUUCCGAUCUUAUUCCCUGUUCAAACUAAGAUCAACGCUGAUUAAACCCCCUCACAUAACUUCAUCAUAACCUCCGGAAAACACCGGAACUCAACUCCCCGCCAAAAAAGUAAACAAGGCAAAGCAGGGGAAAAAAAUGUUGAGAAAAUUUUAAAAUAAAUUAAUUUUUUAAAAUUUCUUUUUGGCCAGUCCACAAUCUUUCUCUUGUCCUUGUGCAUGCCUUUGUAUUGUAUUUCUCUGAACAUUUGCUUACCCUUUUUAUUUACCCUUUCUUUUCUUCCAUGGCCAAAGCCAAAGCCCCAAGGCGAACUCUAGAUUCCUAUACAGUCAAACACAUCAACAAAACAAUUAAAGCUGGGGAUUGCGUGUUGAUGCGACCAGCGGAUCAAUCAAAGCCGUCAUACGUGGCGAGAAUCGAGCGGAUCGAGGCGGACGCACGGGGGGGAAACGUGAAGGUGCACGUGAGGUGGUACUAUAGGCCGGAGGAGUCGAUCGGAGGGAGGAGACAGUUCCAUGGAUCUAAAGAGGUUUUCUUGUCAGAUCAUUACGAUGUGCAAAGCGCUGAUACCAUCGAAGGAAGGUGUACGGUCCAUAGUUUCAAGAGCUAUACCAAGCUUGACGCCGUUGGAAACGACGACUUCUUCUGUCGUUUUGAGUAUAAUUCCUCCACCGGUGCUUUCAAUCCCGAUCGCGUCGCCGUUUAUUGCAAAUGUGAGAUGCCUUACAAUCCUGAUGACUUAAUGGUUCAGUGCGAAGGUUGCAGUGACUGGUUUCAUCCUGCUUGUAUAGAAAUGACAGCAGAGGAGGCUAAACGACUUGACCACUUCUUUUGUGAAAGUUGUUCAUCUGAAGGUCAGAAGAAGUUGCAGAACUCCCAUGCCACUUCCAGACACUCAGAUACAAAGGAAUGCUUACAUUAAAAUCCACCUUCUUACCAGAAGGAGGCAGAAGAACCUUCAAAACUUGGUGUUGCUCAGAAUUCCCGAGCUAUGGUCUCACUUUGCUAUUCCUAAAAUCGCCAAUUCAGUUGUUCAUUUGGCAUGCUUUAUGUUGUAUAUAUAUGCCUGUUUUUGUGGCUUCAAUUUCUGAGUUGAGAAUAUAUCAGAGCUGUAGAGUGAUAACAGUCACAGAUAUUGAGAUAUGUAGAGUGAUGACUUGAUGUGUAAGUGAGAGUCCACAAUGUCCAUGCUAAGGAGUUAGAAUAUGGACUAUGUACUUAUCUCUUAGGAGAAUGUUUUGAGUCAUUUUUAAUUCAAUAGAGGAAGCAUAAGUUAGUGUUUGUUGAGUUUCAUGUUGCACGUAUGCAUAAAGAGUGUAGUAGUGAUAAAAAAAAGUGUACAAUUGGGUAUGCUCACUGGGAUUUACGUUGUUCU